AUGCAGCAGACCACAAGGCCAUUGAACCAACACCGUCCCUCUCUAUCAACUGCUUCCUCUUCCGGCCUUACCACGCGACAAUCCCACUCUCGCACCAACUCACAUUCCAUCCUCAGCGGCGCUCUCAAUGCCAACCACCGUGUGACUCGCCGCAAGUCCAUGACAAACACCGCCGCGAACGCGGCGGCCAUGGCAGCGGCAAUCAAGGAAGUGAGCGGCGACAAAGUCACGCCCAUUGCCGUCAGCUCCCGUAGGAACACUGCCUCAAAGAGUGCUGCAGCCCGCGCCGCCAUCAUCGGGAGUCUUCCCUCGCCUCCAGCGAGUCUGCCGACGCACAAAUUCCACUUGGAUGGAAAGACAGAGAUCCACGAGAGCGCCAUUGAGGAUGACCCAGUCAACGGGUCAGCCGACGAAGGCGAUGAUAAUGCUCAAAAGGCUCGUAUUCGUCGCGCCAGCGAUGGUCAGCCUCUCGUAAAGGAGGGCAGGAAGUUCAACCGCAUCGAGCUCAAGUGCGAGACGUGGGAACACACUCCCGAAUGGUCCCUGACAUCCAAGCUGCUUAUUUCUAAGCAUCAGCAAGUCCAGCUCCUUGAGGCUGCCUCUGUCUUGUUGACCAUGAACCACAAGGAAGAGGGUGAUGCGGCGACGCCCCCGGAUUCCGCCAAGGAUUUCCCUAGUGACCAAGAAGAGUCGACUUCCCCCGCUGCUUCUGGAUAUUCAGACGAGCGACACAGCUCUGCCGACACCACCCCACCUCCACAAUUGGAGGGAUUUUCGUCGUCGGAUCGUUCGUUCGCGAAGCGGUACGGGUCCGGAAGCGGAUUCGGUCGUUCAUACCAGUCUGCGCCGUCCAUGAACCCUCUCGUGACAGGCAGCAUGCCCCAUGGAACGGGAUUUUCUUCACACUUCCGUCAACCCAGCCAGGAUCAACGACCGCCGUCGUCAGGGAGAAAUGCCACCGGACAAGAAGAUCAGGACCUGGCAGCCGCUGUGGAGCUUCUUAGUUGCAGCUUCAACAGCAACAACGGAAGAACAGUGCAGCUUCCAGCAGACGCUCCUCCUGUGCCCCCGCUACCGGCGCAAUAUCUCGACCAGGCGGCAUCCUUCUCGAGUGCUGGGUUCAGCGCAGGUUUCAGUGCGGGGUUCCUCAACAGCUUCCCUAGCAGGCAGCCAGAGAGCUUCACACGAGGCGAGGUCCGCGGCUCCGAUGUCAAGAUGGAAGACAGCGAUAGCGUGAUGGACGAUGAUGACUUUGACCGCCGAUCUCGAUCUCGAAGCGACGAAGAUGACGACGGCGUCUUCGGACGUAUGGAGGAAUAG